AUCGACAUAAACAACUCGAAGGCGAAGUCCUCUCAGACCCAGCUGGAGCUAACGGCUACGUACCGCUCGCAGAAUUUGCGAAAACACAGACGGCUGAAACGGCGACAAUAAAGAGGUUUAGGAUGGACUCUGUGCCUAAAAGGCCGAACUCGGACAUGCGGAAGCUGCGCUCGCGUGAUGCGGCCCGCUGUAGAAGAAGUCAGGAGACGGAGGUGUUUUACGAGCUUGCCCAUUCCUUGCCGCUUGCAAGGCGUGUCACAUCCCACUUGGACAAAGCUGCCAUCAUGAGAGUGACCCUCAGCUACCUGCGCAUGCGUCAGCUCCUCCGCUCCACAACAACCAAGGUGGAGCCAGGCACUGAGGAAGAGGAGGAUCCUACAGAUGCAUUCUACCAGCAGGCGCUGGCUGGUUUCGUUCUGGUGAUGACUGAAGAAGGAGACAUGAUCUUUCUCUCUGACAAUGUCAGCAAGUACAUCGGCAUCACACAGCUGGAGCUGCUUGGACAGAGUGUGUAUGACUUUGUUCACCCUUGUGAUCAAGAGGAGCUGAGAGAUCUCCUCACCACUAAGUCAGGACUUUGUAAGAAGAAGACAGAAAGGUUUAUUGAGCGCAACUUCUUCCUUCGAAUGAAGAGCACCCUCACCAACCGAGGAAGAACAGUGAACAUCAAGUCCGCCACUUGGAAGGUGCUUCACUGCACAGGUCACAUGCAGACCUUUAGCAGUGAACUGGAGAGUUCGUCCCCUAUUGGGAGCUACCUGACUCUGCUCUGUGAGCCCAUCCCCCACCCAGGCUGUGUAGAGUUCCCACUGGACAGCAGCACCUUCCUCUCCCGCCACAACAUGGACAUGAGCUUCACACAGUGUGACGGCCGGGUGACUGAACUUGUUGGAUACCAGCCUGAGGACCUGGUUGGCCGAUCAGCCUAUGAGUUUUUCCAUGCCUUGGAUUUUGAUCAUGUAACAAAGAGCUUACACAUCUUGUUCUCCAAAGGUCAGGUGUGCACCGGCCAGUACCGCUUCCUUGCUAAAAAUGGAGGCUUUGUCUGGUCUGAGACCCAGGCCACUGUCCUUUACAAUGGAAAGACUUCCCAGCCAGAGGCUGUGGUGUGCCUCAACUUCAUCCUUAGCGGAGUGGAGCAUGCAGACACUGUGUUCUCUGUAGAGCAGACUCGUAAUGACGUGAAGCCAGACAGGCUGAAUCUGACUGUGAUGGAGGUGGAGGACUCUGAGGAUGAGCUGAGUAGCAGCAGCAGCUCUGAUCUCUUCAACAAGCUGAAGGACAACCCUGAGGAUCUGCUACAGCUGGCACCAGCUGCUGGAGAUACCAUCAUACCCCUGACAGAGCACAUGGACUUGUCUUUUUGCCCACCAUCUAGCCCUGAUAGUGUCCCCGAAUGUCCUAAGGACCUUUGCACCCCCAAGCUCCGCCAGCUUCUCUCACCCAUAUUCGACAGCCCUUCUCCUGGCUCACCCGGCUCAGUCGAGGAGUUGCCCAUGGACACCGGUGAUGUCGAGAAGUUUUUCGCCCUCAAGCCUGAGGAGAGCACUGCUCAGAAAGGACUGACAGAGGACUUGGAUGAGAUGGAUCUGGACAUGCUUGCUCCGUAUAUCUCUAUGGAUGAUGACUUCCAGCUCACCUUCCUGCCCCAGUUCCCUGAGGCAGAGUCAUCAUCUGCAGACGUGCUAACCACACCUUCUAGGAAAAGAGGCCUGGAGGAAGAUGACGACUUGCCUUCUUUAACCACCAACCGGGAGAAGAGACAUAAAGACAGCCCCUUAGAGGAGGAGCUUCUGCUCAGCCAUGCUUCCCUGACGGGCCUGCUGGUUACAGAAUCAGAGGAGAUCGACCCUCCACCUUGGAAAAGAAGUCAGCUCCUGACAGACCGGGACCCAGUGCUGGGAGGGACGCAGGCCCUUGGCAAUACAUCAGCUCUGAUGAGGGACCCUUUCACAUCGCAAAAACCUGAUUUAAGGGCUCAAAUAUCUGGGACUAUUUCAUCCCUCACCUGAGGAAGAAAAAGUGGAUCAUUUUAAACCACAACUAUGGUGCUUGGCUUUAUGGGUGACCCUGUUUGGCUGUCUUUCUAUUAUGAAUUCACAGACCUGACCAUGCCUUUUCUGCCCUGAUGUGAACACCGAACAUUCAAAGUGAUGUAACACUUGUGCAUGAGAAUCAAACCAGAAGUCUGCAGCACAGAUAAUAAGAAUGAUCAAAAUGCAGUUCAAGAAAACCCCGUUAUCCAUCACCAGUGAGUUAAAGCUACUUUGAAAAUAAGUGUACAAGUGACCUGAAAGAAGAAAUCCUUGCCCAUUUCUUGUCUCCAACUAAAGACUGAGAAACAGCAGAGUGGUUAGCCAGGGCCCAGUUGAGUGACCAGAGUGAUCUGACCAGACUUUCAUAAGGCUCCUUACCUUGAUCAUGGGUUGUAAUAUCAGAUUUUGUGUCGAGGGGGACUUCUUCCUAAACAUCUUCCACUGUGUUCUUGCGCCUCAAACUCAGAAAGAGCUGGCCGAUAAGUAUAAAACCUUGUACCUUCCUAACAGACAACCUACUCAAACCUACUUCACACAACACAGACCUCAGUCUCACUAGAGAUGAAAAUGGUAAAAGAUUAAACAAUCUUGCUCUGGACAACCACUGUCUUCUGCUUUUUUUAUGUGAACUCUUCUGUUGCAUUAGUGAACAUGGCCAAAGCGUUUCUUGAAAUGAAGGUCAACUGGCCUGGCUUUUCACACUGGUGUUGUAUGAGCCUUAGCGUAAUAUCCCACCACAUUUCAUCACUUUAUGAAACUUUAGCAGCAUUGUUAGGCAGCCUCAGCUUUGCUGUGCUUUUGUGACUACAAACAUUUUUGUGGUUGGUCCAUCUGAAAUGAAAUUGGUGAUCUAGGUUAAUAUUUGAGCCUUACUUUAAACAGCUUUUGUAAUUUACUUACACAUUACUGAGCAAUGCCAUAGACAAAAAACGCAACAAAUACUCUCCUUUAUCAGUGGCAUCUUUUUAUAAUAGCUUUUUAUAUACUUUUGCAUAUACAACAUAAGUGAAUAUACCAAUUGUCUUUUUUUUGUUUGUUUGUUGAACUACAGAAUCUAAUGUUCAGUUUCUCUUGUAUCUUUGUUUUCCUUUUCUGUCUUUUGAAAGAUAAGCUUAAUAAUUGAGCCUUAUCUCUUAGCAUUUUGAAGUAUAUGUGCUUUUACUGUAGCUGUUGUGUUGCUAGAACCUCACGUAUGGAGGAGUCCUAAGUUAGUGUAAUUCUUAAGAACAUUAGGGGAAGGAUUUACAUUUAAUCAUUUUUUCAUAUUUAAUCAGAGCAUCGGAUCUUGAUCUAAUGGAUCAGAUUGUAAUAAUACAGAAUUAGUUCUCACGUUUGGUAAAUGUUACUUCAUGGGUUUGUUCUCAGUGUCAUGCGUUUGUUUUGGGAGGGGUGUGGUAAAAAGAAAUGAAGAUUCAAAGAUUUCCCUAUUUUUUAUUUUUUUUUUUUCCUUCCCCUAUUGAAGAUCCAGGUUGAAGAGCCUAAAUGCUACAUUGUUAGACAGUAGACACUGUUAGACUUGCCUUGCUUUUACACUUUUCUUGCAUUUCUAUCUAAAAACCUAGUAUGUCUUCAGUUUUUCCAAGUUUUUCAACCAUGUCUUGUAUUCACUGUGUUAACAGAAAUACAAUAAAAACGGUUUAAAUGUA